AGUGGACGUGUUAUUCGGGUAUCUCUUCCGGUCACUUUCCAGCAACACACCAGCUCACACCAAACAUUUACAUUCUUCACCUCACGGCACCACCCACUACAGAACCCGUUUUCACCCUCAUCCAUUUUCACCCUCUCCCUCGCAUCGCAGACCACAAGUGAACUUCCGGAGAUCUGCCAUCUGAUAGGAAACGGUGAAUCCCGCAUCAUCUUACGCAAAACUAAUUUUCCCGCAUUGUAACAGCGUCGUGGAGUCCCGUGAGAAGUGAAGUGUACCUUUCCUUUGUGAAACCAGAUCCGAUUAUUGCCCAACGAAGAAAUUGUGCGAACGUUCGUGCGUGAAAGCGUGUGUCCCUCGGCGAGUACAAGUGCCGCGAGUAAUGAGUGCACAAUUUGGCCAGCAUCCACGAAGCGGUUCCGGAAAGUGAAGACCAACUUUGUCCCUUCUCCUCGCUUUGAAAAGGAAGUUUCACACCUCCCGGCGGUGGCGGCGUUGGUGUCAGUCAGUAGUAUUGGGUUUAAUUUAGGUGCAAUUUAAUCCUCCGAACAAAGCGGAUAAUUAAGAGUGCGAGGAGCAGAGUUAAAGAACGGAAAAUUUGGAAAGCAGCAUACUGUCGACCCCCAGCCUGAAUUCACGGAACGACUAACCCUUGGGAAAUUUAUCACCAACUACAAGCGUCGACGACCGACGAUACGACAACAGCUGUCAGAAGAAGAUCGCGACCAAGGAUGGACGGUGCUGGGAAUAAGAAGAACACCGUGUCGGAGUUCAGCUACAUGUUGCAGAGACAAGGUAGCGAUGACUCGACUGAAGCAGCCGCCUUCGACGAUAUCAACUCACUGAUGAAGAACAACGAAAAUGCCAAAGAGGAAACCCUUUCGUCACUUCCACAAGCGUCCUUCAACUACAUCAACUCGAUCGUCGGCAGCGGAGUGAUAGGAAUUCCAUACGCUCUGCACCGGGCCGGAUUCGGUCUCGGGCUGUUCCUGCUGGUGAUAGUGGCUGUGAUAACGGACUACUCGCUGAUACUGAUGGUGCGAUGUGGCCACCUCAGUGGAAGAUUCAGCUACCCUGGCGUCAUGGAGGCUGCCUACGGCAAGGCUGGCUACUACCUGCUAUCGUUGUUGCAGUUCAUGUAUCCAUUCCUAGCGAUGAUAUCCUACAACGUGGUCGUCGGCGACACACUCUCCAAGGUGCUGGUGCGACUGGUGCCCUCCUGGGGCAACUCGAUGGGGGCGGUGCGGUUCGGCGUGGUGCUGGUCGUGACCGUGUUCGUGAUAAUACCGCUCUGUCUGUACAAGAACGUCUCCCGGCUGGCAAAGGCGAGCUUCCUCAGCCUGGCGUGCGUCGUGAUUAUCCUGUUCGCCGUGGUCUACAAACUGCUGGCGGGCGAUUACGCUGUCGUCCCAGACACACCGGAGUCGUGGCGAUUCGCCCACACCGAUCUGAUCCCAGCCGUUGGCAUUAUGGCGUUUGCUUUCAUGUGUCAUCACAAUACGUUCCUGGUGUACCAAUCGAUGCGAAAUGCCACCCUGGAGCGGUGGGAAAAAGUUACCCAUCUGUCGGUGUUCUGUGCCUGGCUGGUGGCGGUCUGCUUCGGAAUCGCUGGCUAUUGCACAUUUCGGGCGCUUUCACAAGGCGACCUGUUGGAAAACUACUGCUGGGACGACGAUCUGAUGAACUUUGCCCGGGUUCUGUUUUCCAUCACAAUUCUGCUGACCUUCCCCAUCGAGUGUUUCGUGUCGCGUGAAAUCGUCCGGACGCAAAUCAAACGGUUCUACUCCCAGGAGGUGUUGGAAUAUGACACCGACAAAGAUCCAGCGCACGCAACGGGUGGCGAGGAGGACGACAAAGCCGUAGCCACCACGUUGGUCAUCGUGCUGGCAGCAUUCAUCAUCUCCCCGUACACGGAAUGCCUGGGUCCGGUGUUGGAACUGAACGGUCUGCUGGCAGCGAUACCACUGGCUUACGUGCUACCCGGACUGGCGUACAUCCAGCUGAGUCCGCACUCGCUGUGGAGCCAGGAGAAGCUACCGGCCGCUGGGUUGGUGCUGUUCGGGACAUUUGUAACCAUUUCCGGAGCGGCUCUUCUGAUACCGAACCUAAUUGGCGACUGUCGGACGGGUAUCAUUAUGGGCUACUGUCGCGAUGAUGAACUGGCAAUCAAUGGGACGGUGAACCUGGGGAGCACACCCGCAUGUGCCACCGAUGGCGUUUAAGAAGGCCGGUGGUUGGGAACAAUAUUAAAGGGGCUACAGGGGUUAUGGAGGGGAAAAGUGAGAUGCA